UGAUUCCCUUCCCCUCUCGAGCAAGGACUUCUUCCUCCCUCCUUCUUCCGCAGCGCUCUUCAUCCUCCUUACUCAUCCAUCUCUUCCCUUCUUUGUCUCCCCACAAGCAUGUCCUCCUCCACACAGCCCACCUGGGUUCCGCCAGACGUCUCGGCAACGCGCAUUGACCACUUCAGACGCAAGAUCGCAGACAAGUACUCUGUGCACCUCGAGGACUACUGGCAGCUGUGGAAGUGGUCAGUAGAGAAUGUUGGGCCAUUCUGGGAAGAGGUGUGGGACGAGUGUGGGAUUGUUGGAGACAGAGGGCCACAGGGAGCUGCUGUGACUUCGACAGAGCCACUGUACCCACCUCCUCAAUGGUUUCCUGGCUCUUCGGUCAAUUUUGCCGAAAACAUCCUACGUAACUGCCACGACCCCACCUUAGCAAACAAGGCCGCCGUCAUCACAUGCUACGAGCCUUCCUUUUCCCCAUCGACACCCAACGACCUCCGGUCACUCGAUUUCCACCGUUCCUCCUUGACCCAUCCUGAAUUUUACACCGAGGUAGCCCGCAGUGCAGCCGCCUUUCGCUCGCUAGGAGUCAAACAGGGCGACGUCCUCUCGGCCUACUCUUCCAACAACGGGCCCUCUCUCAUCGCCCUCCUCGCCGCUUCUGCAAUUGGCGCCGUAUGGUGCUCCAUCAGCUCCGACUCCUCUCCCGAGGCCGUACUGGAUCGAUUCUCCACUGUACGGCCGAGGUGGAUCGUGAGUGUGGAGGAUGUGAGGUAUAAUGGCAAGAAGUGGGGACAUGUAGAGAAACUCAAGGAGGUUCUAAGGCGGUUGGAGGCGGAGAGGAAAGAGGGUGAGAGGCCCGUGGAGGGAGUCAUUGUUGCAAGAGGGCCAAGUGGAGAGACAAGUCUGGACUGGCAGGGCGAUGGAGCAAAGCAGUACUCGCAGCAUGGAGAGAAGUGGAUGUCUUGGGAGUCUUUUCAGGCACUGGGAAAUGCAGCGGCAGGGAAGAAGAUCGCAUUCGAGCGAAUGGACUUCAAUGCCCCUCUCUGGAUUCUCUUCUCAAGCGGGACUACAGGAAAGCCAAAGGCCAUUGUGCACCGAGCGGGCGGCAUGCUGCUCCAAUUGGCCAAGGAGCAUCUGCUGCAUUCUGGCCUAGACAAGUCAGAUGUCCUCUUCCAAUACUCUACCCUCUCUUGGAUGAUGUCUCCCUGGUCCCUCUCCUCUCUAAUAGCCGGCUCAACCCUAAUCCUCUACGACGGCUCUCCCCUCUCCCCCUCACCCCUCAACCUCUUCGAGCUAGCCCGCAGAGAGAAGAUCACAGUCCUCGGCGCAUCGGCAGCCUACUUAGAGAUCCUCAUGAAGAAGGGAGUGCGGCCGAGAGAGGAGGUGUGGGAGGCUGUAGGCGAAAAGUGUAGCUUGAAACAAAUGCUCAGUACUGGGAGCUCUUUGAGAGCGGAGGUAUAUCACUGGGUCAAGGAGAGGGUUGGAGAUGUGCUUGUGGGAUCCAUCACAGGAGGGACAGACAUCUGCUCCCUCUUCGCAGGCAACAAUGUCUCGCUCCCGGUCUACGCAGGGGAGAUCCAAUGUCCCAUGCUAGGCAUGCACGUCGCAAUCGCCUCUUCCACUUCAACAGAAGGCGCAAUGAAGAUCCAACCUCUACCUCCUCUCGCCACUACCUCCCCAGCAAACGGAAACGGAGCGCAGAAAGAGGAAGACCUAAGAGCAGAGGAAGACGGUGAAGGAGAACUAGUCUGUCUCUCCCCCUUUCCCGCUCAACCCAUCUACUUCUACGGUGAAGACCCGGCACCCGCUUCCUCCUCUGUCCAAGGUGGAGGUCGCUACCAUUCCUCCUACUACGCCCUCUUUGGUCCCUCCGUAUGGGCUCACGGCGACUGGUGUCACUGGUCCCCCCGCGGAGGUCUCUUGAUGAAAGGUCGCUCCGAUGCCGUUCUCAAUCCAGGAGGUGUACGAUUUGGCAGUAGUGAAAUCUACGAAGUGGUAGGAGCACUUGCGACUAGUGGAGAAGAACCUUUUAGUAGGAUCCUCGGCUGGAUUGCACUUGCACUCAAUCAUCCUAGUCCGGGGGGAGGGGAAGUGGUGGUUUUGAUUUUGCAGCUGGACACUUCGUCGAGUGAGGCAGAGAGCAAAGGAGGCGACUCCUCCUCCCCCUCCUCCUCCCUUCUCUCCACUCUCACCCCCCUCCUCUCCCAAGCCCUCCGUACAAAGCGCUCCCCCCGCCACGUCCCGCACUUUAUAACCCUCUCCACCUCUCCACCCCCGCGCACCAUCAACGGCAAGCUCGCUGAAGUCCCCGCCAAGAGAGUACUGAACAGUUCUCCAGGAUCGGGAGUGGAGAAGAGGUUGAAUACGAGCACAUUGGAAGGUGGUGCGCAGGGGGGUUGGAUUUGGGAGUAUGCGGAAAUUGGGGAGAGGUUGAGGGGGGAAUUGAAGAGGGAGGAGGGGGAGAGGGAGAGGGAGAGGGAGAGGGAGAGGGAGAGGGAGGAGAAGAGCAAGAGAGGCAAGUAAAGAUGGGAAAAGCGAGGAGAGGAGCGGAUCAGACUUGGCAAGUAAGCAAUACGGACAAUCCAUCCAUCUCUCUCUGUGCAAACCACUCCUGAUUUCCUCUUCUCAAUGAGUGCUCUAUCAAGGCAUUUUCAAACAUCAACGAUUCGUGAAGAG